AUGCGGGCCGCCCUGCAGAGCAGCGACGCCCGCUGCCUGGCGCUGCAGGUAGGACUGCGGAAAAGCCACGCUAACCAUAAGGAAGAGGGGACCUGUUUUAUAGGGAGUAACAGACAAUUAACGCAGAACCACUCCCAGACCAAGUGCCUUCAAAGUGUCCUGAAGGAAGUGGAACUCAUCCGGAGCUCCAGGGAUGGGCAAAUUGAAGAAGCAAUUAGGUUCAAUCAAGAGUUGGAAAGAGAGCUGAAGAGCUCUCAGGAAGCUCUGGUCAAUCUGGAAGACUGCAACCGUAACCUGAAGAGGGAACAAGCAGAAAUGAGGAAGAAGGUGGAAGAGGCGAGACACGCUGUCCUCAGCAGCCUUGGCAAAGUGAAGGAGCUAGAAGUGAAAGCUAAUGAAGUGCCACAUCUGCAAAUAUACAUUCAGCAGCUGGAGUCGGAACUGCAGCACUAUAGGUCAGACGUUGUGAGAUUUCAGCUUCCCUCAAGAAGCAGCCCGGAGCAGAAAGAGGGAGCAGCCUUACCAGAUGGAAGAUACUGCCUGUCUGUUGCACAAGAUCGACGAUCUCCCACUGGUGGAGCUGGGAUUUCUGAGAACGAGGAUCAGCUGUUCCGCUCUGUGGAAGGCCAGGCUGCCUCUGAUGAAGAGGAGGAGAAGUGGGCAGGUGACCGGCAAUCCCAGGUGGACCAAAUGAAGACAAUACUGGCCAAGCUCCCUUGCUGUGGCAGCGGAUGUGAUGAAAAAACGUGGAAAAAGCUAAUGUCUUACUUGGACACCACCAAUACUGAUGGCUGUGACACAGCCCCUGCGGAGCUCGUGGAGAGAAUCACACAGCUAACUGAACAGCUUGAGCUUAAAGGGCACGAAGUGAAGAAACUGGAAACCAAUAUGGAAGAGAUGAAAGGCCCAUUGCUAGGUGAGCUGCAGCAAAAGGUGGAGGAGACCGAAUUGUUGAAGAUGGAGCUGCAGAUGUUGGAGACUGAGAGAGUUAGGCUGUCACUGGUGGAAGAAAAGCUCAUGGAUGUUUUACAGCUUCUUCAACAACUUCGAGACUUGAACAUAUCUAAGCGAGCCUUGGGGAAAAUCUUGCUGAGCACUUUGGAAUCCUGCCGUGACCCCCAACCUGGAAAAGCCCACCUAUUUGAAGUCCUAGAUACGCUUUACCAUGAGCUGACAGCCUGUGAACUCUUACAAAGCCAGCCUCUGGAGAAGGCGCAGAGUCGCCAGUCCUUGUCCAACCCACUGGUCAUCUCCUGCUGA